GUAUUUUUAUCCGUGUACCUAUAGACACAGAUACAGGCUCUGACAGCAACAAAACGCGAAGGAAGACAUUGUCAAUGGAGCAGAACAAAAGCAAGGUGUUUAAUGAUCCCAUCCAUGGCUCGGUGGAGUUACCCCCACUUCUCAUCAAAAUGAUUGACACACCUCAGUUCCAGAGACUACGAUACAUCAAGCAGCUUGGAGGGGCCUACUUUGUGUACCCUGGAGCAUCCCACAACCGCUUUGAACACUCAAUUGGGGUGGCACACUUAGCAGGAGAACUUGCAAAAGCUCUGCAAACAAGGCAGCCGGAACUCAAAAUCACUAAAGAGGACAUCCUUCGUGUGCAGAUUGCUGGUCUUUGCCAUGACUUGGGACAUGGGCCCUUUUCCCAUCUGUUUGAUCAGAUGUUCAUCCCCAUGACACGUCCACCAGGUGACAAAACGGAAAAGUGGACGCAUGAGAAAGCCUCUAAAGAGAUGUUUGACCACAUGGUGAAAAGUAAUGGCCUGGAGGUCGAGAUGAAGAAGUAUGGCCUGGAGGUCGAGACGGAGAAGAAUGGCCUGAAGGUGUCCAAUGACAUUGACUUCAUCAAAGAGAUGAUUGCAGGAUUGCCUAGAGCUGAAGGCCAGGAGUGGCCAGGUAAAGGCCGUGGAGAAGAUAAGUCCUUCCUCUAUGAAAUCGUGGCCAACGAAUACAAUAAAGUUGAUGUGGACAAGUUUGACUACUUCGCCAGGGACUCCCACUACCUGGGCAUCCAGAACAACUUUGACCAUGACCGCUUCAUAAAGUUUGCCAGGGUGUGUAAGGUGGACGGGCAGAUGCACAUCUGCACUAGAGACAAGGAGGUGGACAAUCUGUAUGAAAUGUUCCACACAAGGCACUGUCUCCACAGAAGAGCCUACCAGCACAGAGUGAACAAGAUCAUAGAGACUAUGAUCACAGAGGCCUUUUUAAAAGCAGACAAGUACAUCAAGAUUAAAGGCUCAGGGGGGAGGAUGUUCACUCUCUCCACAGCCAUAGAUAACAUGGUGGCCUACACCAAGCUGACAGGUCAUGUGUUUGAACAAAUCCUCAACUCUUCCGACGACGAGCUGAAAGAGGCGAGGGAGAUUCUAGAAAACAUCAUCCGUCGACGCCUCUAUAAGUUUCUGGGCCAAACCAAGGCAGAUGAAAACAUGAGUGUCACCCAGCUAAAGGACAUGAUUCCCCGUUGGAAAGAGGAAUUGGCCCUCCCUGUGGAGGAUGGGCUGACACCAGAGGAUUUUGAAGUUCUGGUCAUUACUAUGGACUAUGGGAUGAAAGAGAAGAACCCCAUCGAUAAGAUGCGUUUCUACAAAAAGGAAGAACCUAACAAAGCAUUCAAGAUCCCGGAAAGCCAGAAGUCCAAGCUUUACCCAAAGUGCUUUUCUGAGACGCUGAUCAGGGUUUACUGCAGGAAGACUGAUGACGAGAGUCUGAAGGCAGCCAAGGAGCACUACAACAAUUGGGAGCCAAACGUCUGGCCACAACCUCUGGGGGUGCGGCGCCCUAGCGCCACUGGACCUGUAGCAAAAGCAAGGAGGCUCAACGUACCUCAUUCUGCUGACCAAGGGUGUUCAUCAAAAGAUUUACAGGAGCAAGAGAUGCAGUAACACCGGAGCUCACCCCUGGGGAAAAUAUAGAAAACGAUUUAUCUGAAGUCUUGGAAGAUGGAGAUAAAAACUGAAAAAAGAGAAAAAACACUCCCUGAUACUAACUGGUUCAUUAUGAUUGAAAAUUAUUCGGCCAUAUACUCUUUUUUGUUUUUUUAGAGCUGUUAAAUAUUAUACUGUGAUGUCUUGAGAGGUCGGGAGCUUUUCUCUUGGAGCUUUAAAGGUGUGGGUGCAGGAAAUUAAUACAGACAGGCUUUGCUUUCCAACUUAGAUUCUGUGUAUUCAGUCUAACAGAUCAACUUAAUUCUUACAGUCAGCCGGUAAAUGAAACAAAACCGUACUCUAACAAAACUCUCAUUCAAGGUUUUUCUCUGCAACACAACAAAAGACCGGCUUCUCUCUCUGUGCACCUCAAACUUUUCCUCUACUUCACCUACUCUGUUCCCCUCCCCCACAGCUCCCUCACUGGGUCAAUCGGCUCAUUCAAUUUGGCGGGGCAGUAACCUGUGUCCUGAUUGCCCUGCUGGCUAUGGGUUCUGCAAGGUUCUUUGAGUGGAUGCCAUGAUGGGUUGUAGUCCUUGCUGCAGCCACCGGGAGGGAAUGUAUCUCCCCUCUGUGACACAACCUCUCAUGACAUCAAGAUACACAUAGCUUUGUUUGAGUUUGAUCAUGUUUAAUCAGCUUUACUUUAGACUCUCUUCUCCAUCUGCAGCUUUAUAUGUCACAUUUAAAACUGAAUCAUUGUUUAAUGCCAUUGUGGGUAUCAAAAGCAUGUCAUUGUGUAAUUCUGUUGUGAAUAAAUCAAUCAUCAUCAUUCAAUAGUCGGUCACAUUUAUUGUGUAUUGUCUGUGUAUAGACGAAUCUGGCGAAAUACUGAAAGUAACCAAGUUGCCAUUACUGCGGUAGAAUCUCCCUACAAUACGCACAGGUUUGAAUGCAAGUUGUCCUAAGAAGUUGUCCUACUUUUACCUUUACUUUCUAUGUAACAUUACUUUUGACGAUGAUGUCUAGGAGUUUGGGAAGAACCUGAGUUCUCAGAACGUUAACCUGACAUGGUGAAACAAGUAACGUCAGCUAAGUUAAAACUGCUUAGCUAGCGUAGCUAACGUUAGUGGGCUGCGGUGGUCCCACAGAAUAAAUUAACUCAAUCGACUAACUGUGGCGUUAUUGUGAAAUAUAAUGCUCUAACUAGGGCACCCUAAUGACCACAAAGUAAAUCUCAUUAAUCAGCCGGCAUCACAAAUAGAACCAGUAUAAAGUGUCUGCUAACUGUUAACUGGUGACUCUCAGCCAAAUGCACCAUGGUUGCUCGUAGUGACGGCAGCUGUAUCCUCAUAAAAGCCUUCAAUUUGACUUUAAUCCAUCUUAAAUACAUAGUCAUCUAUGUUUAUUAUCUACGGAGACCAUUUACGUACGUUAUGACAUGUAACUACGGACACAUUUGGCUGAAAGUCACCGGUUAACACGGUUAGCAGACAGUAGAGUCACUACGACUUGCCACCGCAGUAAUGGCGGCGCUGCUAGAUCGCGGAACACACAAAGCGGUCGCUGGAUUCGUCUAUUCCUUAUGAUCUGGGCAAGCUGUAAAGCACUACCAACAUGUACUGAGGUUAAAGUGAACAUUUAAUUUGUGGUUAAGGGAUUUGAAAUAUUUAGAGGUGUUUGGUUUUGAUGUUAGUCGUGUGAAUUAAUGUGGUAAUCUGAUAAGAUAUUAUUUUUAACUUUGAGUGAUGUUUGAUUAGUGGUUGUUUAGGUGUUUGUUGUGGUUCCAACUUGGUUAUUUUACUGUGCUUUGCUCACUGCAUGUAUUGUUAAUUAUUCACAGUUCAUUUUUUUAAAUUUGUAUUUAAAUGUCUUUUAUUGGUGACAUAUUUUAUUCUAUCCUGUUUUAAAUGCCUCCGGUCACGGCUGUCGCGGUCACCAAGGCAUUAUGUUUUGGGUUUGUCCUUCUGGACCAUUAUGUUGAACGUGAUAUCUCAGGAACGCGUGGAGGGAAUUUCUUCAAAUUUGGCUCAAGCAUCGACUUGGACUCAAAGAUGAGAUGAAUUGAAUUUUGGUGGUCAUAGGUCAAAGGUCACUGACAAACUUUGUGUGUAUCUUUGUGUUUUGUUAAUUGUGUGAAAAUGUAUUAGAUUGUUAUGUUCUGGGGCUAUAAAGGGAAACCUACUAAAGGAUAUUAGAACCUUUCAACUGUAUUCCUAUUGAGAUGGGUUGAUAACAGAUAAUGUCUGCUCUAUUUGAAAUAAAACUCUUUUCUCUUUG